AAUUUUCUUCCAGACAUGAAAUGUUGUGGGCCCAGACCCUAUGAGCCUAGUGACGACACCCAGCUGUGCUGCGCCGGUAGGCUGUUUCCUAUCGAGGGCGAGCGCAUAUUAUGCACAGACGGCAUUGUCCACAGUCUCCAGGAAACCGUCUGCGAGGGAGUGAGAUACGGAGUUGCCAACGGAGAGUGCUGCGGCAAGGUUCUCAUGGACGACACCAAGACAUGCUGCCAAGGAUUUGUGUAUUCUAAAGAAGAGCAUGGAACAGAGUGUUGUGGGAGGGUGGCCUAUGACCCAUCAGCUCAACCACAACCCCUGUGCUGCGAGGACUCUCUCUAUCCCAGUGCCCCAGGGCUGCAAUGCUGUGGCAACCAAGCCAUCGACCCCACUGAACGCCAGUGCUGCGGAGCAGAAGGGCACAGGUUUGCCUUCCUCAGGAACUCCGGCCAUACAUGCUGUGGGCAAACCGCUGGUGACUACGACCCAUCCCAGCACACCUGCUGUCAGGGUCUGCUACACAAGUUUGUACAGAACGGUGAUUGCUGUGGAAAUGAUGUCGUACGCAAUUCCUCCAAGGAAAUCUGCUGUGGCGGUAUCGUUCAGGUCAAGAGUUUUGAAAAUGAUACAGUUUGCUGCAAUGGCCACAUCCUGGAUGGUCGUCGUUAUCAAUGCUGUGGCAAUAGAAGUCUUCAACGCCGGUCCACUUCACAAUGCUGCAAUGGCAUUGUCUAUGACAGCCGUCACCAGCAGUGCAUGGAAGGGGAGGUGCAGGCCAAGGGUGCUGAGGAGACGACCGUCCACGCUCGAAGAAUAUUUGCCAGGCAGACUGAGCAUGCCCAGAGGAUCACCCAGGAUGCAACGGACAUGGCAGAUGACGACAUCGAAAAGACGACCGAUGCUGAGGGCCAAACUGCUCAUGUCCACGAGAGGAUGAUACCACGCGGCUCAAUGGAGGCAACCCUAGUGACAUGUGACAGCAUGGACUAUGACAGUGAAGUCAAGGGCUGUUGCCAUGGGGUUCUGUACAGGCUUGCCAAUGAGACCUGUGCAGAUGGCUUGGUGCUCGGUCUCUGUGAUGGACAGGAUGCAUACAACCCUCUCACCCAUGGCUGCUGUGGAGAUAAAGUCUACAACCGCAGUGUAGAUUACUGUGAUGAAACAACGACCUUGGUCAAUCCCAACACCGAGUCAUCAGGACAAGGCAACAGCACCCAGACCAGCACUAGCACACCUGGAGUCCCCCUGUGUGGAGGACUAGGGUACGAUCAGGCUCUGCAGGGAUGCUGUGAUGACAGAGUAUACAACCUCAGCACCGAGUACUGCCAUAACAACAGCAUGGUGAUUCCGAAGUUCCCAAGUCAACCAGACCGAAGGCAAUCCACGACCGUCACCACCACGAUUGAAUCAGCAACUGAUGAUGGUUUCUUCUUGGUAACCCAUGAGCCAUGCUCAGUCAUCCGGGCUAGAGAGAAUGUAUCUGACGAUCUCCAGUGCUGCGGCAGUCUCUUGUACAAUCCCCUGAAUGCAACCUGCUGUCAGGGCAUCACAAAUGAUGGUGACACCACCGUGGUCGCUUGGAGCGCUGUCACCGAGGGCGUAGUCGCAGGUCACUGCUGCAGAGAGACGGCGUACGAUUCUUCCACGGCGGUCUGCUGUAAUGGAGAGGUGGUGAGGAAAGAGUGGCUGACACCAGAUGUGUUCAAUGGAUGCUGCCCAGAAGGACAGAGCUGGAACCGUUUCUUGGAAGCGUGUGAGCCAAGCCCGACCCGGGAAACUAUCUUGACUGACGGUCCAUCAGGCAUGUCACCUGAUGAAUACUAAGCAUGUUUCUUUUAAAAAUGCAAAACAGACUACAGCCAAUCUAAAUCUAAGCCGUGUUUCUGGCUGUGGCUUCAUCCUGUAAUAUACAUGUAGUUUUAAAACCAUGAGAAAAUAUCAGACUUCCAUUUUGGCUUAAUGUAUUACCAUAAUUUGAUCUAUAUGAAGACCCAAUAGGUCUUAUCCAUGGAAACUACAUGUAACUUCAGGAAGCUGAAGCUGGAAAUCACCAUCGGAAACAAAGGCAAAAUUUGGUAUAAAUAUCAUCAAGUACAUAACAAGUGAUGUGAUGUACCACAUUAAGCACAAUAUUAUGUAAGCUACAUUAGCAAGCACUGAAAUUAUUUUUAAUGUUUAAACACCAAGUAAGUGUAUCCAACACUACAAUACAUGUAUAUUACCUUCCAUGAGCACAUUCAAUUUCUUAUUUAUUGGGUUUGUCAGUUGAAAGUAGCUAUCAUUAGAUUUAAUAUUUAUUGCAAUAAGAUGACUUAUUUAUUUGCACUAUUUAUAUAUUUCCACUUUCACUGAAAUACUAUAACUUAAAAUGCACUCAUGUAUUUUACAACACUCAGUGAUGUUGAUAAAAAGGGACUUUAAUGGCACUUUCUCUUUCUUUCAAAAUUCAUACAAUUCAAAAAAUGAGAUUUUUCAUAAAACAAAUUUUGCAGUUUUGUAAAAGAAAUACUAGAUUUUUUUACAAACACGUGAAAAAUGAUAGUGAAUUCAUUUCAUAAGUCUUAUCUGAGUACCAACCUUAUCAAUUAAUCCAAAUUGAUAACUGAUUUUAAUUAGGAGGAUGGUCUUGAGCACAAAAUUGAGCUGCCUGAGUUCAGGGAAUCCAAACAGUUGGACAAAAUUUGUGUCAAAUGUAAAAAAAAGGGUAUCUUCACAAACCAAGAAAUUUGGCACAAGUACAGUCAGCUUGAUCAGUCGGUAAUUAACUCAAUGAUGCAUUUUCACUUGCCAUUUUGGAACUACAUUUUACAGGCCCAAGUUAAUCUUUUUAAAAAUUAUAUGAAUAAUGUUUUAACUUAUAAAAUACAAUUUGAUGGUCGAAAUGAAUAUUGCCAGUCUUUCCCCCAUAAGUAAAAAGUAUGGAACAAGUGACCUCAAACUUGCCAAUAAGAGGGUAAAAUCUGCAAAGUGUAGAGUGUCCAAAAGACACAGUAUCACUAGGAAUGUUUUUUCCCAUUGUUUACAUGUAGUGUUUAAAUGCAUCAGAAAGAGUAUGGUAUGUUUAACUCUGGAUUUUGAUAUAUUACUUUUUAUUCAUGGUGUAACACGUUAAUGGGUAAAACAAUGUGCAAGUGACAAAAAAUAUAAAAGUUUCUUUUUAUUUCUCCUAUUAUUCAAAGUAGCUCCGGCAAAUUCCAAGUCACAUUUUGCCGGAGCCUCGAAGUAGUACAUGCCAUCUUAUAUUAAAUUGACCACUGCAAUAUUUCCUCAUGUUAUUUCAGGUAGAGUGCAUUAAUGUAUUUUUCACUUUGGUAUUUAAUACAUUUUAAACCCUCCAUUUGUUUUUCACACUUUUUCAGGGUUUUCACUGCUGCCAUAUUCCACAAACAGGGUGCUUUAAGUGAAUUACUGAAUAUUCAUAUCUUUAUUAAUGAGCAGUAUCAUUAAAGAAGUCCUAGGUAACAAGGGUAGACAGCCAGAUAUUUGCCAAGGUAGUAGCAACUUGAAGGGUAUUAAUAUAUAUGAAGGGUAUUUAUGUCACAUUGAUACUUCCUUGGAGUGAAAGGUACUAUUAUCGUUUUUCUUUUGCAUUACAAUGCCAGCAUGAAGCCAUUUAUGUGUGUGCUAGUACAAGGGGUGUGCUAAAUGUAUGAAGCAUUUCUGUGGCUUAAAUAUAACCUCAAGUACUCUGGAGAAAAAUUGUGAACAAAGUUUUUGUGAUUUUUAUGUUUGUGUCUAGAAAAGGAAGAAAGUGGCACGCCUUUCCAACAAAAGUCCACAAUGACAUAUCUUUAACACAACACUGCUCCUCAACUGAUUUUGCCCAUCUACAAUUUGACAUCUUCAACUGCACACGACAAAGAUGGGCACCAAAUCAGGGCCUGCAACUUACAAAUCCACCAGAAGUUCACUUUCAUCAGCAUAAAGUUAACUGAAUCUGAACACAGUCUCAAUAUUCCAGACAGAUGUUACAUGACCGAUGUCUAUCAGCGCAUCGGUGCCCUUACUCAUGUAACUAUCCACAUAUAUAACACAGGGCACCAGGAUUUUGUGUACAAGUGCAUUUGUGAUUUGGGCUAGUCAGAAUACAGAUGAGGGGAAUCAUCAAGUCAUAUGGUAACCAAUACAAAGUUGGAAGCCUGGGUUCAUAGCCAAAUUGGGUUAGGCUCCAAAUCUAAUUGCCCAUUGAGUUAUUACUGCACAUGUUCUGAGACAACUCUUACAGCAUUUAGGGCAUAACAAUAAUUCAUACCCUGCAUCCGAAUCUCUUGUCUGGAGCUAGGUCUUCGCUCCAUUGGAUAUGUGUGGAGACGCGUAAACAAUAGAUCUAACAGUAGCUUGGGAAGCCCGUUUUGGACACGGCCUUAAAUACCUCAGACAGUCUCUCUAUUCAACAACGUAUGUAUUA